AUGGAGCUUGUGGGUUCUUCUUUGACGGCAACGUAUGCCCACCCUAAACCAACACCAACCAGUUUUCUACCAGCCAUUGGUACCUUGGCAUCAACCUACAGGGACCGUUUUCCCCAUAACAACCUGACUCAUUCAUUGAGCCUUCCUUGGAGACCAAGCACCUACUACAAAGUGGUCUCCAAUACCCCGACCUUGGACCCGUAUUGCACUAGAGCUCAGAGGGUAUGUGAGAGCACCAUGCUCCCCUUUGUUUCCAACAGAACCACUCUCUUCACAAGGUACACUCCGGAUGACUGGUAUCGGUCCAACCUAACCAACUACCAAGAGUCUAAUACAUCGCGACAUAAUUCAGAGAGACUCAGAGUGGACACGUCUCGACUCAUUCAAGACAAAUACCAAGAAAUCAGGAAGACCCAGGCUAACUCGACCCAAAAUUUGGGACAACGUGUCAAUGACAUAGAGUUUUGGAAAUCUGAAAUUACUCAUGAGCUAGAUGAAAUGAUUGGAGAGACAAAUGCACUUACUGAUGUUAAGAAAAGGUUGGAGAGGGCUUUGAUGGAGACGGAAGCUCCUCUUCAGGUUGCCCGAGAAUGUCUAUUUCACCGAGAGAAAAGAAUGGGAAUUGAUCUGGUUCAUGAUGAAGCUGAAAUAGAACUACUGACGGAAGUUGAUAAUAUUCUGUGUUGUCAAGAAAGAAUGAGGCGACAUUUGGAUAAGGCUAUUGCCCAACUUGCCUCCAACAGAGCUGCGCAGCAUGAGCUGGAGAAGGACCUGAGCGAUAAACAGGCAGCCCUCAGGAUUGACGACAAAUGCCACCACCUGCGCAACACUUCGGAGGGCGUCAGCUUCUUCCGUGGCGUGGAGAGGGUCGAUGCCACGGUCUCAGUGCCCGAGUCAUGGGCCAAAUUUACGGAUGACAAUCUUCUCUGCUCCCAGAGUGAGCGGGCAGCCUCUGCCAAGCUGAGAGAUGACAUCGAGAACCUCCUGGUUGUGACAGCCAAUGAGAUGUGGAAUCAGUUCAACAAAGUGAACUUGGCUCUCACUAAUCGAGUUGCUGAGACUGCAGACACUAAGAAUAAGAUUUAUGUUCACUUAUCAAAGACCCUGCAGGAGAUCUUCCAGACAGAAACAACCAUAGAAUCCAUCAAAAAGGCGAUCAAGGAAAAGUCUGCCUUCCUGAAGGUGGCUCAAACCCGACUGGAUGAGCGUACAAGGAGGCCGAACAUAGAGCUGUGCCGGGACAUGGCUCAGUUGCGCCUUGUUAAUGAGGUCUACGAGGUGGACGACGCCAUCCAGAUCCUGCAGCAGCGCCUGAGAGAUGCAGAGGACUCCCUGCAGUCGCUGGUCCACACCAAAGCUCUUCUGGAACACGACCUGGCUGUCAAAGCCAACACCUUGUACAUAGACCAGGAAAAAUGCAUGAGCAUGCGCAAGAGCUUCCCCAACACCCUCCGGCUGGUUGGCUUCUGUUAG